UUUAUAACUGCAGGUCAUUAAGUGGUGCUAGCAAUAUAUGUCAUUCGACCUCGUAUAUAACGGUCCGAUUAUCAACGAUUUCUUCACUCUCUUGGCAGAUCGUAGAGCGAGAUCGUGUCAAUCAUGAAAACAAUAGGGGCAUUUGUAUGCGUGAUAGCAUUGUGUUAUGCUGCCACAACCCAUCGACCACACGGUGGUCACGACCAUAACGAACAGGACAGUGCCACCUUUCAGUACGUCGGUUCAACGCAACACCUUCUUGUCCAAUGGUAUCCCGACAAGUCGACCUAUAACUGCUACAUUGUCUCGUUGACGGAUGUCGAGAAAGCUCAAGUCCACACAGACGCGGGUAUGCGUGCAGUAGAGAUUCGCGUGUUGGGUCAGCUGUCCCAGGCCGCCUUGGUGCAUGACGCAUCCACGUUGAACAGCCAUGACGUCCACGCGUGUGGUCAUGGUAAAAACCACACGACGCCCGCCUAUUACAUACUCAGCGUGUAACGCGGCUCAACUGAAAUAAAAUUGCCAAGUAUGGAUAUCCGUGAACUAUGUUGAUAUUGAUAUGAUCUUUGAUACAACUUUAUAUGUACAAGCAUGUCGAUUAAAACAUUUAAAACACCAA